GGCGGCGGCGGUAGAUUAGGGCCGCGGGUCGAAGCAGCUGCCGCCGCUGGGGGACCCUGUCGGAAACGACUGCCGCCGCCGCCGCCGCCGCCGCCGCCGCCCGCUCCAUCUCUUCUGGGGCAAGGGGCCAGGGCCAGGUUUGCACAUCUGUAAGUAGACCUUCUGGAGCUCUGCCAGCCAACUCAAUGGCGUCCUCUACUACUGUGCCUCUAGGAUUUCACUAUGAAACAAAAUAUGUUGUUCUCAGCUACUUGGGACUCCUCUCUCAGGGGAAGCUACAAGAGAAUCUUUCCUCACCCCAAGCUUCACAACCCCUGGAUCAAGAAGUCUUAUUAAAAGUUAAAACCGAAAUUGAAGAAGAGCUAGAAUCCCUGGACAAAGAAAUUUCUGAAGCUUUCACCAGCACAGGCUUUGACCGUCAUACUUCUCCUGUGUUCAGCCCUGCCAACCCAGAAAGCUCAGUGGAAGACUGCUUGGCUCAUCUUGGAGAAAAAGUAUCACAGGAACUGAAAGAGCCUCUGCAAAAGGCAUUGCAAAUGCUCCUCAGCCAACUCUUAAAAAAAAAUCUCUACAGGCCAGUGACAUAUCAAGCAUAUCGGGAAUGUACUCUGGAGACCACAGUUCAUGCCAGCGGCUGGAAUAAGAUUUUGGUGCCUCUGGUUUUGCUACAACAAAUGCUUUUGGAGUUGACAAGACGUGGUCAAGAGCCUCUGAGUGCAUUGCUACAGUUUGGUGUAACAUAUCUAGAGGAUUAUGCAGCAGAGUACAUCAUUCAACAAGGUGGCUGGGGCACUGUCUUUAACCUUGAGUCAGAGGACGAAGAAUAUCCUGGAGUCAUUGCAGAGGAUAGCAAUGACAUUUAUAUCCUGCCCAGUGACAACUCUGGACAAGUCAGUCCCCCAGAGUCUCCUACUGUGACCACUUCUUGGCAGUCGGAGAGCUUACCUGUUUCACUGUCUGCCAGCCAGAGUUGGCAUACAGAAAGCCUCCCUGUGUCCCUAGGUCCUGAGUCCUGGCAGCAGAUUGCAAUGGAUCCUGAAGAAGUCAAAAGCUUAGAUAGCAACGGGGCUGGAGAGAAAAGUGAGAACAACUCUUCUAAUUCUGACAUUGUGCAUGUGGAGAAAGAAGAAAUUCCUGAAGGUGUGGAGGAGGCUGCUGUGGCAUCUGUUGUCUUGCCAGCCAAGGAGCUGCGGGAGGCACUCCCCGAAGCACCAGCUCCCUUGCUUCCGCAUAUCACUGCCACUUCCUUUCUGGAGAUGAGGGAGCCUGACAUAGAAGAGAUGACAGUGGAGAAAGUCAGCCCUGCUACGACUUUGUUGGUGGAACUUGGUGAAGAAGAGAACUUGAUGAAAACAAAAGCAGCAACGGUUGAAUCUGUUCAGCUGGAAGAGGAAGUGAUCCCCAUGCUGGAACCCACAGAAACACUGCUGAGUGAAGAGGAGAUACAUGUGAGGAGAGAGGGUCUUCGGGAAGUCCCCUCCCCUGCUGGAGAAGAGAAGGCCAUCCCACUGUUUGAGGGCAAGUCUAUACUGCUGUUUGGAGGGGCUGCUGCCAUUGCCAUCCUGGCAGUGGCAGUUGGAGUAGCACUGGCUCUAAGAAAGAAAUAGCAGAUUUUUCAAAAGAAGAAGACAAAAAAGAUGGAAAAUGGAAGAUUUUAGCUGUACUGACUGAAUUUGAAUCACCAACAGCUGAUUUGGACAUUUGUGGAACAAUCUUGGAUAAUGGGGGGCUUCUGCUUAAUAAGGCAGUACAUUGAUCCACAUGAUAGGGCUUCAGGUAGAGGGCAUCCAUGUUUGUCUGAUUGUAAGUUCCAAGGGCCUUGGCUAAUGCCAAAUUCGGAAUCCUGCACGUAAAGUACUCCUUCUAGAACAGGGUUUCUCAGCCUUGGCAUUAAUGACAUCAUGAUUAAUUCUUUGUUGUAGGAGGUUGUCCUGUGCACUAUAGGUUGGUCAGCAACAUCCCUGGCCUCUACCCACUAGAUAGCAGUAGCACCCUGCCCUCAGUUGUGACGACCAGAAAUGUCUCCUGACAUUGCCAAAUGUCCCCUGGGGGCAAAAUUGUUCCUGUGGAGAGCCCCAGCUUUAGAAGGGAAAGGGUUAACUUAGGAGAACCUAGGACAGAAAGUCCCAGGCAAGAGGGCUUAGCUGCAGGCUCCUCAGCUACUGAGUUGUUCCUGCCCUUGGGAUUUCAUCUUUCCUGAUGAAUAUGCUGUGUUUCACAGCCAUUCCUCUGUGGCUCUUUUUUUCUUGCCCACCUUCUCAGGCCCGUAGUGUGAGGGUGCUCCCCUUCUGUCUCAUCUGCCUCUCAGGUACUGAUUGCUCCUCUUCACCCCCAGGUUCUUUGUAAAGUCAUGUGGGAGAGUGCUUUCUCUGUGUCCACUAAGUCCCUCAUGCUUCCUACAGCUCCACCUUGUAAAGAUGUUGCCUUCAGUCAUCUUUAAAAACAUAAAUAGAAAAGAAGGCCUAGGGUUCCCUGCCUGUGAAUGCAAGGGCAAGUAACUGCUAGGGAGCAGGGGUUUGUCUCAUUGUCAAGCAGGGGGAUGACUUAGAUGGCCUGUUGCGGUCUCUUCUGGCCCUUUUGUGUAAUGGCCACGCUACUGAGCUUAUGGUGACUUGCUGGCAGCAUCUGUUGCUGGAUGGUCACUAUCUGUAAUCUGGCCUCAGUCUUCUUACUAGUCAACUAGCUUUUCUGCAGUCUCUUGCCAUGUGAUAAGGAUUUUCAUACUUGGGCUUACAGACCAAUUGAAUCAUAACUCCUAUUAAAUACAGAAAGUCUUCCAAAUACCAUUGAAAUAAAAAGUAGGAAAAGAGAAGCUUGAAUUUCUUGAGACUACCCUCGAGAUUCUAGUGCGGCUUUCAGAGUUCAGGAAUAAGAUUUCUUCCCGAACUCUUUACAGUCCAAAUGCCAGAGUGAUAAACCAAAAUAACUCUAAUCAGUAAGUGCUAGUUGAGAAUCAGAAUAACUUUCUUUCAUCUGGCCGAUCCCAUCCCUAAGAGGGGGUGGGAGUGUGUCUUCUCAUGCCUGAGGAUCAGUGUGUCACUGUGUGGGACACACAUGCUUGACACAGGUCAUCUCAGAUCUUAGUAAAUGUAACAAAUUACUUUUUAGAUCCUGAAAUUUGUAAUAAAAUUACUUUGCUAUCCUGAUCACCAAAA